AUGUAUUACAUAGGCGCCUUUCGUCGCUUGGGCCUGGUGCCCGGCGUGACGCGUCUCCUCGCCUUGGCCUUGGAAUGCAUCAGCCUGGUUUUGCUCGUGGCCCGCAACCACGAUGGUGACUACUAUACCACCAGCUACCUCAUCCUCGGCUACCUCAUCAUGUUGGACGCGACAGAACUCGCCUGUCUGUGUGGACAGGCGCGAGGAUGGGGCCUCGCCGCCCUGCCCACGCUCAUGGCAGGCGAUGUCAUUGGCCUGUUGAUGUUGGUCUGCUCGAGAGAUUGGUACGGGCUGUGGUAUUGGCAUGGACCGUGGUAUUCGCUAAGCAAGGAGAUCGGGAUGGGGUUGUUUGUUGCGCUGCCAUACAGAAUCUUGCGGCUACUUCUUGUUGUCCUUGCAGGCUCCGAGUACUGGUACGAGAGCCGGGAGGACCGUGUCUUGGCUGCAGAACGGCAGGCGCUUCUUCCUCGGUGA